CAGUAUUUCUUUUACAAUAAAUCAAUGGGCAGUAUUUUCCAGCGAACAGGCUCAUAUGUCUUCUAAUAUAAAGACCCGACCUUCACGUUCCCCUCCGGUACCGAAACGUUGUCUGGAUCUGGGCUGAUUCACAUGGCUGCCGUUGAACGUGAGGAUCACCGUCAGCGUCAGGUCGUCUUUGCCUGCGGCAUGUCGUCGUCGUCGAGGUACCAGAGUCGGCCAAAGGUCUUGGCUGUGCGCUUCGGCAAGCGGCGCCGAGCAGCCUUGGCUGCGUGCAGCAGCACGCGCCGGCGACGACGGAGGGUCACUGAUUCCGACGCCGCCGUCACUGGGGACGCAUCGUCCUCGUGGGCGUCCCUGCCCGAGGAUCUGGUGGACCUGAUCGCCUGUCGGGUGCUGGCGGUCGACUUGCUGGACUACGUCCGGUUCCGCGCCGUGUGCCCGCACUGGCGCUCCAGCACGGCCAGCCCGCGCGGCCGCGGCAUCGUCGACCGGCGCUUCCACCCGCGGCGGUGGAUGAUGCUCCCCGAGGGCCACGGCCUGUACCCGGGCCACGGAAAGCUGCGCGGGUUCGUUCGCUUCUUCAACCUCUCGACCGGCGCCUUCGUCCGCGUCCACCUCCCGCUCUUCAGGGAUCACUGCGUCCUCGACUCCAUCGACGGCCUCCUCCUGCUGCAGCGGGACCACGACACCGCCGCCCGCCUCCUCAACCCCUUCACCGGCGACAUCCUUGACUUCCCGCCUCUGGAGACUCUCCUACCGUACGUGGGCUCGCAGACGAGCCAAGGCAGGUGGUUCUAUAUCAGACAUGUCAAUGCUACCUCCAUGAACGUGAGCGCGGAUGGAGUCGUCUCGCUCAUGAUAUUUGGGGGAAGCUGUUGGUCCAAGAUAGUCUUUGCUACCUCCAGGGAACAGCGAUGGAGAGUUUCAAGCUAUUUCGUGGAUCAAUACAGCAGUCCACUGUCGUUCCAAGGCAAGAUAUAUGUGUUGAGGUCUACUGACUGUUACGCCAAACCAGAAAUCCUAGAGAUCGGCCCCCCACAGCUACUACAAGGGAAGGAGGAACUCUGGAUGCCACCACCAAGGUCCAUUGCCAAAUGUCCACUUCCAUGUAGUUCAGACAAGACCGGGAUUAAUUACCCCUAUCUGGCAGAAUGCGGCACAGAGAUGAUGGUGGUCAGUAUGACCAACAAUUUCAACAAACUUUUAGUUCACAGAGUAGCUGACCUUAUGCUGGGAAGGGCUGUCCCGGUGACACGCAUUGGUGGCAAUUGCCUCUUCAUUGACAGGAGGAAGCUGUAUGUCAGUUCUAAGGCGUUUCCUACCAUUGUGGAUGACACAAUUGUCUUUUACAGUAUGCAAAAACGUAUGCUCGCUCAAUAUCACCUCAGCAGCGGCACAAUAUUGCCGGCGACAAAUAUACCUAACGCAGAAGAUGCUGGGCCAAGUCCUUGCAGCAUCAUUAGCCAUAUCUACACAUGUUGCUAUCGUGAAAAAUGGAACAAGGGACAAAUAGCGUUUCGGGGGGGAAACAACAGGUGGCGGGUGAAGAGCAAGUGGCGAACUGGGGCCUAAGCAGCUUCUGUACCAUGGUGGAUUGGUGGACGAUGGUGGUGCCUGCUGUUGCUUCCUCUACAACUUUAUCUCAAAUGUUAAAUUGUUAUGCCGGAAACUCUUUCAUACUCAUACAUAUAUUUUAGCUGUUGUAGUUGCCAUGGACCUAUUUACAUAAUGCCUAGCAAGGUUAGCCGACAAUGAAAAUCAAGAUUUAGUGGUUUUGCAACUUGGCAUGCUCGUUGCUAUAUUAUGCUAAUGUAUAGUGGUGGUAGUACCGCUAUGACUUCUUACUGAAUAUAUGGAGAGGAGUGGUGAAAACAAUAAUGCCUUCACACAUGAAAAUUCGUUGGAAUAUCAUGUCUUCAUACAUCUUGUGACCAUAUUUAGACUUGAGACGACUGUAGUUACUUAAUUUGACAUAUACAUUUUAUACAAAGCCAUGGGUUAUUGUAGUAAACUUGUGUGUUCUACUAAUUGUUGAGUUGGAUUGAGUUGAAACAUUAAAACUAUGGAGUGAGGUGGAUUAGCCGUUUGGUGUGGUUUCGCUCCUUGCUCUGGUGCAAGAGUCACACACGAAACCGAUGCAUGAGCCCACUAAACAUGUCCUUAAUUUGGUAUGGAUUGAAUUGGUUAAAUGGUGGGUUUAAAUCUAUUAACUGGGCUACCUCGACCAUGUGUUUUGGGAACUAAACUCUGCUGCUAGCUAGAAACUAUGGAAACAAGAGCUACAGGCCUGCUGAUGAGUUGACUAGAGCAACGUGCUAUGGCCAACAUUUGGUGUAAUAUGUUAGCAAUGCAUAUAUUGGCCCUCCUAAUUUUAUUUUGGUGUUCAUGCAUUAUGGUCCAUCACUCUCCUUUUGUCCUCUUUGUGCUUUCUCUAGAAGGAAGUUUGUA